AUGAAUGAUACCAAAAUUAUAUGGUUCAAUUCGUUUAGCAAACGUUCAGUAACAAACAUGGUAAAGGCAAAAUUAUUUGUUCUUGACAAACAUUUUGAUGGUUGGCCAAAAGAAAGCGAUUUGAAAAUAGUGGAAGAAGAAUUACCACCUCUAAAAAAUGGAGAAUUUCUCGCUGAAGCAGUUUACUUGAGUGUUGAUCCCUAUAUGAGAGCUUAUGAGCCUAGUCUUUCACCAGGACAAACUUUUAUUGGAUCUCAGAUUGCCAAAAUAAUAGACAGUAAGAACCCUAAAUAUCCAGUAGGGGAGCAUGUUAUUGGUCAAUUUGGUUGGAGGACCCAUACAAUUUCAACUGGGGAAGUUAGAGGAACUGUUGGUAGAGGAACAGCUCCGCAGUUAGUGUCAAAGAAACUGAAAAAUUUGCCAUUAUCUCUAGCUCUUGGAGCAGCUGGUAUGACGGGAAAUUCCGCCUAUUUUGGUUUCCUUGAAAUAUGUCAUCCUAAAGCUGGGGAAACAGUGGUAGUUUCUGGGGCAGCAGGGGGUGUAGGAAAUCAAGUAGGUCAAAUAGCUAAAAUAAAAGGGUGCAAGGUUAUAGGAAUAGCAGGAUCAGAUGAUAAGGGUAAGUGGUUGACAGAUGAAUUGGGAUUCGAUCAUUUCAUAAAUUACAAAACGGAUAAUGUUGCUGAAACAUUGAAAAAAUUUGCACCGAAUGGAGUGGAUUGUUAUUUUGAUAACGUUGGUGGAGAAAUAAGUACAACUGUUAUUUCCCAGAUGAAUGACUUUGGAAGAGUUUCAAAAUGCGGUUCUAUUUCCGGUUACAAUGAAGCAGCAAAAAAUUCUUCCAUCGAUAUGUUCAUAAUUGGUAAACAGUUACGAAUUGAAGGGUUCCUGGUAACUAGAUGGAUAGAACGAUGGCAUGAAGGGAUUGAACAAAAUAUAGAAUGGAUAAAGGAAGGAAAGCUCAAGUAUCGUGAAACCGUUACAGAAGGAUUCGAAAACAUGUUUAAAGCGUUUGUGGAAAUGUUAAAAGGGGUCAAUGUAGGAAAAGCUAUUGUAAAAGUGUAGGUGAAAAAUAAACAAUAUUGAAUUGA